UCUAUUGGUCUACGUAUAAUUUUUUAUUUUCAACAAUAUUUAUUGUAGGUUUUUAACGCGUUUAGAUGUUACGUAUUACUAUAAGAUUACAUCUAUAAAAACAUGUUCCAUAUUAUAUGAAACAAUAUUACUAAUUAAGAAUUAAUAAAUUAAUGAAUUAAUAUCUGCAGAAUAUUGUAAAAAAUAGUAUAUACCUAUAAAAUAGAUAGCAAUUAAGAGUGUCAUUCUAAAUUUUAUAUGCUGUAUACAUGUAUUGAAGUUUGUUGGAUUAAGUACUCGUGAUUCUUGAGACUCCAGUACAUAUGGAGUAAAUAUGGCUGCUUCCAUGAUUAAGUUAUAUACACAAUUUACUCCAUUGAAGCAAUUGUUCAUACCUGUGUGGUAUGAAUUAUCUACUCAGCACCAACAUUACCAUACUACAUCAGUAUAUUAUAAAAAGGUACCUAGAAAUGCGAUAAAACUAACAAACGAAAAUAUUGAAAAUUAUGUAUUCAAUGCAAAGAAUACAAAGAAACGUGCUCCUACGAUAGAAGUAUGGAAAAAUAUAACAAUAAAAGAAUUAGCAACUUCCUGCAAAAGAAAUACGAAUGAUAUAAUUGAUGUUCUUUAUAUAAUGGGUUGGAGCAACAAUUGCACACCAAAUACAGUUUUAAAUGAUGUACAUUUAGUAACUAGUAUCGUAAAAAAAUUAGGUGGUGUACCUAAAAGAAUAAAUCUAACACAGAACAGCCCAAAAGAAGAAAAAUAUGAAAAUAUUAUUAGAAGUCCUCCACCUGAUGAAUCUGUACUAGUAAAACGACAUCCAAUAGUAACAAUCAUGGGACAUGUUGAUCAUGGGAAGACUACUUUGUUGGAUUCUUUACGUAAUACAUCAGUUGUAAAUACAGAGUUUGGUGGUAUUACGCAACAUAUAGGUGCCUUUGAUGUAAAAUUAAAGUCUGGGGAUCGAGUAACAUUUUUGGAUACUCCUGGUCAUGCUGCCUUUUCUGCUAUGCGCUACAGAGGUGCACAUGUAACAGAUAUUGUAGUAUUAGUAGUAGCAGCUGAUGAUGGAGUUAAAGAACAAACUCUACAAAGUAUACAAAUGGCAAAAGAUGCAGGUGUUCCAGUUAUUGUAGCUAUUAACAAAAUUGACAAAGCCAAUGCCGACAUUAAACGAACGCAACUAAUGCUUGCAGAAAAUAAUAUAGUAGUCGAAGACCUUGGUGGAGAUGUGCAAUGUGUUAACAUCUCAGCUUUAAAGGGAACCAAUUUAGAAAAUUUAACAGAAGCUAUAGUCUUACAAGCUGAAUUAAUGGAUUUGAAAGGAGACCCUGUUGGAUUAGUGGAGGGUGUUGCUAUUGAAUGUACUAAUAACAUAGGGCGAGGAAUGUUGGUAACAGCUUUAAUUAAACGUGGAACUUUAAAGAAAGGUUGUUUGUUAGUGUCAGGAAUGGCAUGGGCCAAAGUAAGAGCAAUGUUUAAUGAAAAUGGUACUUUGGUUUCGGAAGCAAAACCAUCAGAAGCAGUACAAAUUAUUGGAUGGAAAGCACUACCUCCAGUUGGAGGUGAAAUAUUGCAAGCAGUAAAUGAGAGAGAGUUGAAAUUAGCUUUAAAAUUUAGACAAACUCAGUAUAAUACAAAUUUAUCUAAGGUACACGAAGAGGGUGCUUCUAAGAAGUACGAAGACCAUCUGAAGGAAUAUAAACGAUACAUAGCAAUAAGAACGGAAGUUGGAAAGAUGCACCCUACAGUGCGCGAAAUGAAACAGGAUUUACAAAGAAAACAAUGGAAUGAAGUCGAAAAAGAUUUAAAAGUCAAUUGUAUUAUAAAAGGUGAUGUUUCUGGAAGCGUGGAAGCAAUAUUGAAUACCUUUGAUGCAUAUUCAGAGGACAAUCAAUGUAAAUUAAAUGUUGUUCAUUAUGGAGUGGGAGCUGUCACUAAGACAGAUUUAGAAUUAGCAAAUGUAUUUAAUGCAAUUAUUUAUCGUUUCAAUGUGGAUUUACCACAUAGCAUAAAAGAAGAAGCAGAUAAGAAAAAGAUAGACAUUCGGCAGCAUAACGUGAUAUAUAAACUUGUAGAUAAUCUUAAAGAAGAAAUCCAUAAUAGAUUACCUAUCGUUGAUAUCGAAGAAAUAAUAGGCGAAGCAACCGUGCUACAACAAUUCGAGAUUAACGAAAAGAAUAAAAAAGUAAAAGUUGCUGGUUGUCGUUGUACAAAAGGUGUUCUGAAAAGCUCGGAAAUGUACCAUUUAAUUAGGGAUAACGAAACUGUAUAUAAAGGAAAAUUAGUGUCAAUGAGACACUUGAAAGACGAGGUGUCGAAAAUAGAAAUGAACGUCGAGUGCGGCCUUAGAUUCGAUGAUCCGACUGUGUCAUUCCAACCUGGAGAUACUAUAGUCUGUGUCACAUUACAGAAAAAGCGUCCGAAAGUCAUGUGGGAUAUCGGAUUCUGAAUCGAUGUUUUUGUAUUUAAGUGACUACGGAACAAUGCCCGUUAAAUAUAAAAUGGAAAAAAAAUCCUAUCUUCUUUCUUGUACUUGGGAAAUCUAAAUUCGCUUGUAUAAAAUGCCUUUUUACAAACUGUAAGUACAAAUUUCUUUAUUAUUGCCUUCGUGAUGCAACAUCAUCAUCAUCAUCGUCGCAGUUCUUACAAGUUACCAAUGGAAUUCCUGUCUCAUUUGAAACGGCGUGUUAUAUCGUUUCAACAUUAAUUGCUCGAUCAUGCCCUUCUUUGUUUAUCGUCAAUUUCAUUAUAAGACGAUUAGUUUCCCAAUCAGAUUAAUCCAUCGUCGCGUGUCGUUCGUUUUCAAUAUUCAAUGGUUGUGUUACUUGGACCAUUCUGGUUCGAGGGGAACAAAAAACGUAUAAUAGAGUCAACAGUAUUAAGAGGCGUAAGUUUCUCGAAGACGACGCUGCAGAUGUUGAUACGCGGUCAGCACUCCGCGUUUCUUUUUUUGUAAACGACACGGCGCUGGUUCUUGAUUAGGUAUCGCGAUUUUGGUAUCCAGUGGUUCAAUGGGUGUGUUGUCAUCUGGAUGGACGAAGAAGGCAAUGGAAUGACGACCUCGGCCGCAGUGUUCCGGAACAACGACGCGAUGUCGAAGCGCUGGUAGCUGAUUGUUCGUCCAAUUCGCCAAGAUGUCGCCGGUGUUCACCAAAAUGGCACCCGGAAGAUGGCCGACACGUCCCCACCGUUCUCCAUGUGGAGUUUGUAUCUCCAGACCUCCUUCGCAGUCCUGUGAACAACAUGAAAAUAUUCGUUAAUAACGAUCAACCUAAGUCUCCUUAACACUAGAUUUACGGAUAUUUAUGGUACAGUUUAUUCUACUGUUCCCAGAAACAUUGACGUUCGUCCGUUUAGAUCUAAAUCAAAUGUUUAAAAAUGAUUAGGAACCAUAAUCACGUGAUUGAGUCAAUCAAAAUCGACCCAAACAUUUACCAAAUGAUGUUUAUAAAAUUCAAUGGGUCAAAUUGGCUCGUAAAUCUAGUGGUAAUUUAUAUCAUGAAUUUAAUAUGGAAAACCAAACAUUAGUCAAAUUUUAAUGGUACACAAUAUACAAAAUUAACGACAUAGUAUGACAAUAAAAUGGAUGUAUACAAUAAUAAUCAUUGAUAAGCUUAUGUAACAGAAAAAUGGUCAUUAAUCAAACAGAUUAUUAACCCUUUGCACUCGAGAG